AUGUCUUCACUUCCUGACCGGCCACGACCUGGUCGCAGACGGGUAUCUUACAACCGCCGUGCUGGCGUUGCCAGCCCUGGAGGAUACCGCCUAUUGGCAAUCCCUACAACUUUUCUUUCAAUUCUUAUCCUUAUCACCACAGUCUUACCACCCUCGGUGGCCCGCGACAUCCAAGUACCAUACCAAGAGUAUGAUUCUCUUCAACUCAGACGGCUUGCACGACGGGGCGAAAUAGCAAUUGACAGAGGAGCUCCCCCACCCAGACCAACCCUUCGUCAAAGGCAGGAAAAUGCGGAUCCUUUUGGCUCCACAGUCGCGCCGUUGGCGACACCAACCUCUGAACAAGAAGGUUCAACCGCGGCUUCCUCAACUACGACACCAGCCUCUGAAUCAGAAGUUUCCGCUAUGGCUUCCGCAACCGACAUCGAUUCGGCCAUCUCAAUCCAGAGCACCCUCGUCGUGACACCAACAAACACGAUGUCGGCGAAUGCCACCUCCACUGGCAAUGCCACAUCAAGCAUUGAGACGGCAUCUGCCACCGCUGGGCCCCCGUCAGCUCUUCCCAGCCCCUUCGACACUUCGCUCGGCGACAAUUUCACUGCUCAGGGUUGCCCCAACUUCUUCAACGCUUUCCUCAACAAUGCAACCUUCAGAGACUGCCAUCCAACUUCGCUAUUACUACAAAACAGCCACUCGUUCUUCAGAAUCUCUCGGUCUCUUGUUUCCUUGUCCCAAGCGCUGGAUGCAUCCUGCAAGCCAUCACUCGCUCAAUGCAGCCCACUGAUGGCCUCUCUUGCGUCCCAACUGAUGCAGGAUUCGAAUUGCGGCCAAGACUACCGCAAUCAGAAUUCUCUCGUCGUCCAGGCUCAUGCCGGUCUUGUUUCUUACGAGCCUCUCUACCGCGCAACAUGUCUCAGGGACAGAGCGACAGGAAACUACUGCUUCGCUGAUGCAAUCACCAAUACCAGCAAUCUCUCCGACUCGUAUCCAUACUACACUGCACUUGGCACCAUUCUGCCUGCUGCAGCACGACCCACCUGCGAUGAAUGUCUGCAAGGGACAAUGGAAAUCUUUGCCGGUUAUGCCACCAACAGAGACCAGCCCGUGUCCAAAACCUACAUCAGCACCGCCCAGCAGAUUAACAUGGGGUGUGGUCCCGAAUUUGUUAACACCACGGUGCCAGUAGGCACGGUCUCAAACUCGGCCGUGAAGCAAGGGACGGUCACCGAAGCGUCGGCUCUGUUAGCAUUCGUCCUUGGUUUGAUUGUGGCCUGUGUGGCUUUUUGA